AAGAAGAAUAUUAUUAGUUUUUACAUCACGCUAGCUUAGCUGGAAACUAUCCCAUUUAGAUUAUUAGAAUAGAAUUAGAACAUUUGUCUGCUACUCGUGCUCGUGUAUAUAUCUUCUAUUUUCUCAGUUUGCCCUUGAUUUUUAGUAUAUCACUCAGAUAAAUCAACAUCAGAUUCAAAAUUUCAGUGUCUGCUUAUCAGAGUUCAGAGAAGAAACAACUUUUCGCAAUGACGACGGCUGCUGAUUUUGAUAAAAAAUAUAAUAUCGUCGAUGAAAAACCGCCGCGGCAUAGUUUGUUGCGUGGGCGCUUCAAGAGAAGUUUCGCUUAUUACACAUUACGUGAACGUUUACCUGUAAUCUUAACUCAAGUUCUUGAUAAUCUUUCGCGCGAUAAAGAUGAUAUUGCCGAACAAUAUGGCGAGGAAGUUCGUGAGGAGAUAAAAGAAAUUGUUGGAAACAUCUCAAAACUCAAGUAUCAAUUGCAAACUGAUAAGGCACUUGAACCUUUUACUGGAAAUGAACCUGAUAAGGAAAUGUGGAAUGCAUUUAUUGCCGGACUAAAUGCUGACAAUGAUACAUUCUUUCGCAUUUGUUGGCUACAUGGCGAAUGUUAUAUGUAUCGUCGUUUAAGUUCAUAUUUUCAAUCAAUGAUCAAAAUGAAGGAUUAUGAUUAUUUUUUGAAGCAAAAAGAAAAUGCGCUGAAAUGUUGCACCGAUGCUUUGGAAAAUGUAGUUAAUAGCACACGAGAUAGUGUGCUAAGUGAGGAGUUUUUCAUUCGCAUAUUAAAGCUCAAUUUGUGGGGCAACCGUUGCGAUUUAUCCAUAUCCGAGGGAAAAGAAAUCAAACAAACUGGAAAUCUCUUCGAUUCCGUUGAUUCUUUAAAUUCAAAUAUCUUAGUCGAUGAUACAAAACAAAUAUGGAAUUGCAUAUCAGAACCAAUAGAAGGAAACUCUCGUAUAAUUGAUUUUGUUCAAGACAAUUCAGGCUUUGAAAUGUUUACAGACCUUUUAGUAGCUGAAUAUUUAAUCGAUAAAAAUCUAGCAACGAAAAUUCGUUUUCAUGUAAAAGCUAUUCCAUGGUUUAUAUCAGAUGUUACACCAAAUGAUUUUCUGUGGACAUUGGAUUAUUUGAGAAAUCAUCCGACAUCGACGGUAUUAAGGUCGGUUGGUGAAAAAUGGUAUAAACUAUUGCAAGAUGGUAAAUUUGAAAUAGCACCACAAGAAUGGUUUUGGACAAGUCCGUAUGAAUUUUAUAGAAUGAAAGAAAUAAACGAGAAGCUUUAUAAUAAACUUGCCGAAUCUCAUAUAGUUAUAUUCAAAGGUGAUUUGAAUUAUCGUAAAUUAAUUGGUGAUUUUACGUGGGACUUUACAGAAAAUUUCAAAACUUGUUUAAGAGGUUUUCAACCAACCAACGUUUGUACUCUACGUACUGUCAAAGCUGAUUUAAUUUGCGGACUAAAAGAAGGAACUGCCGAUAAUUUAGAUAAAAUCAAACCCGAUUGGAUGGUAACAGGAGAAUUUGGUGUUUUGCAAUUUUCAAGCUCAACCUAAAUUUUAUCAAAAAUUAUAGUUUAUGAUAUUCGGUUUAAAAAUUGGCGAAGUAAAAGAACCAAAGAAGAUGCGCGAAAUAGAUGGCUGUAGUUAAAAUUACAUAAAUACAUAGAUCAAUUUAUUUAAUUAAACAAAA